CCCUGGAGUCAGCUGCCAGGAGCCACAGCCAUCCGGUGAGGUUGUGCUGAGGACAGCCACACGGAGCCAUCGCCUGGCAGCCUCCUGUCCAGCGCUGACCCUCGGACCCACCCCGAGCGGGGACUGCGGCAGACAUGGGUGACAUGACCAACAGUGACUUUUACUCCAAAAACCAAAGAAAUGAGUCGAGCCAUGGGGGCGAGUUUGGGUGCACGAUGGAGGAGCUGCGCUCCCUCAUGGAGCUGCGGGGCACCGAGGCCGUGGUCAAGAUCAAGGAGACCUACGGGGACACUGACACCAUCUGCCGGCGCCUCAAAACCUCACCUGUCGAAGGUUUGCCAGGCACCGCUCCAGACCUGGAAAAGAGAAAGCAGAUUUUUGGGCAAAACUUUAUACCUCCAAAGAAGCCAAAAACCUUCCUGCAGCUUGUUUGGGAGGCACUGCAAGACGUGACGCUCAUCAUCCUGGAAAUCGCCGCCAUCAUCUCCCUGGGGCUAUCCUUCUACCACCCGCCCGGUGAAAACAAUGAAGGAUGUGCAACGGCCCAGGCGGGGGCAGAAGAUGAAGGGGAGGCGGAGGCAGGCUGGAUCGAGGGGGCCGCCAUCCUCCUCUCGGUCAUCUGCGUGGUCCUGGUCACGGCCUUCAAUGACUGGAGCAAAGAGAAACAGUUCCGGGGCCUGCAGAGCCGCAUUGAACAGGAGCAGAAGUUCACCGUGGUCCGGGCUGGUCAGGUGGUCCAGAUCCCUGUGGCUGAGAUCGUGGUUGGGGAUAUCGCCCAGAUCAAAUAUGGCGACCUCCUCCCUGCAGAUGGCCUCUUCAUCCAGGGCAAUGACCUCAAGAUCGAUGAAAGCUCCCUGACGGGGGAGUCUGACCAGGUGCGCAAGUCUGUGGACAAGGACCCCAUGCUGCUGUCAGGGACUCACGUGAUGGAGGGCUCUGGUCGGAUGGUGGUGACCGCCGUGGGUGUGAACUCUCAGACCGGCAUUAUCUUUACCCUGCUGGGCGCCGGCGGUGAGGAGGAAGAGAAGAAAGACAAGAAAGGUGUGAAGAAGGGGGAUGGCCUUCAGCUACCAGCGGCCGAUGGUGCGGCAGGUUCAAAUGCUGCAGAUAGUGCAAAUACCAGCCUAGUCAAUGGUAAAAUGCAGGAUGGCAAUGUGGACGCCAGCCAGAGCAAAGCCAAACAGCAGGACGGGGCGGCCGCCAUGGAGAUGCAGCCCCUCAAGAGUGCCGAGGGCGGCGACACUGACGACAAGAAGAAGGCCAACACGCACAAGAAGGAGAAGUCGGUGCUGCAGGGCAAGCUCACCAAGCUGGCUGUGCAGAUCGGCAAGGCGGGCCUGGUGAUGUCAGCCAUCACGGUGAUCAUCCUGGUGCUCUACUUCACCGUGGACACCUUCGUGGUCAACAAGAAGCCAUGGCUGCCCGAGUGCACGCCCGUCUACGUGCAGUACUUCGUCAAGUUCUUUAUCAUCGGCGUGACGGUGCUGGUGGUCGCCGUGCCCGAGGGGCUCCCUCUUGCUGUCACCAUCUCACUGGCCUACUCAGUGAAGAAAAUGAUGAAGGACAACAACCUGGUCCGCCACCUGGACGCCUGUGAGACCAUGGGCAACGCCACGGCCAUCUGCUCGGACAAGACGGGCACACUUACCACCAAUCGCAUGACGGUGGUGCAGGCCUACGUGGGCGACGUCCAUUACAAGGAGAUCCCCGACCCCAGCUCCAUCAACGCCAAAACCAUGGAGCUGCUGGUCAGCGCCAUUGCCAUCAACAGCGCCUACACCACCAAGAUUCUGCCCCCGGAGAAGGAGGGCGCCCUGCCCCGGCAGGUGGGCAACAAAACAGAGUGCGGCCUGCUGGGCUUCGUGCUGGACCUGAAGCAGGACUACCAGCCUGUGCGUAACCAGAUGCCGGAGGAGAAGCUGUACAAGGUCUACACCUUCAACUCCGUGCGCAAGUCCAUGAGCACCGUAAUCAAGCUGCCCGACGAGAGCUUCCGCAUGUACAGCAAGGGCGCUUCGGAGAUCCUGCUCAAGAAGUGCUGCAAAAUCCUCAACGGGGCGGGGGAGCCCCGGGUCUUCCGGCCCCGCGACCGGGACGAGAUGGUGAAGAAGGUGAUCGAGCCCAUGGCCUGCGACGGGCUCCGCACCAUCUGCGUGGCUUACCGCGACUUCCCCAGCAGCCCCGAGCCCGACUGGGACAACGAGAAUGACAUCGUCAACGACCUCACCUGCAUCUGCGUGGUGGGCAUCGAGGACCCCGUGCGGCCCGAGGUCCCGGAAGCCAUCCGCAAGUGCCAGCGAGCAGGCAUCACUGUCCGCAUGGUCACCGGUGACAAUAUCAACACAGCCCGGGCCAUCGCCAUCAAAUGUGGCAUCAUCCGUCCUGGGGAGGACUUCCUGUGCCUUGAGGGCAAGGAGUUCAACCGGAGAAUCCGCAACGAGAAAGGGGAGAUUGAGCAGGAGCGAAUCGACAAGAUCUGGCCAAAGCUGCGGGUGCUGGCUCGCUCCUCCCCCACGGACAAGCAUACCCUGGUCAAAGGCAUCAUCGACAGCACACAUACGGAGCAGCGGCAGGUGGUGGCCGUGACGGGGGAUGGCACCAACGACGGGCCCGCGCUCAAGAAGGCCGAUGUGGGCUUUGCCAUGGGCAUCGCAGGCACAGAUGUGGCCAAGGAGGCCUCGGACAUCAUCCUGACAGACGACAACUUCAGCAGCAUCGUCAAGGCGGUGAUGUGGGGCCGCAAUGUCUACGACAGCAUCUCCAAAUUCCUGCAGUUCCAGCUGACGGUCAACGUGGUGGCCGUGAUCGUGGCCUUCACGGGCGCCUGCAUCACGCAGGACUCCCCUCUGAAGGCCGUGCAGAUGCUCUGGGUGAACCUCAUCAUGGACACGUUCGCCUCGCUGGCGCUGGCCACCGAACCACCCACGGAGGCCCUGCUUCUGCGGAAGCCAUACGGCCGCAACAAGCCCCUCAUCUCGCGGACCAUGAUGAAGAACAUCCUCGGGCACGCCGUCUACCAGCUCACCCUCAUCUUCACCCUGCUCUUUGUCGGCGAGAAGAUGUUCCAGAUCGACAGCGGGAGGAACGCGCCCCUGCACUCGCCGCCCUCCGAGCAUUACACCAUCAUCUUCAACACCUUCGUCAUGAUGCAGCUCUUCAACGAGAUCAACGCCCGCAAGAUCCACGGCGAGCGCAACGUCUUCGACGGCAUCUUCCGGAACCCCAUCUUCUGCACCAUUGUGCUGGGCACCUUCACCAUCCAGAUAGUGAUCGUGCAGUUUGGGGGGAAACCGUUCAGCUGCUCUCCGCUGCAGCUGGACCAGUGGCUGUGGUGCAUAUUCAUCGGGUUAGGAGAGCUUGUCUGGGGCCAGGUCAUCGCCACCAUCCCAACCAGCAGGCUCAAGUUCCUCAAGGAGGCGGGCAGGCUCACACAGAAGGAGGAGAUCCCGGAGGAGGAGCUGAAUGAAGACGUGGAGGAGAUAGACCACGCCGAGCGAGAGCUGCGGCGGGGCCAGAUCUUGUGGUUCCGAGGCCUGAACCGAAUCCAGACCCAGAUUGAAGUAGUCAAUACUUUCAAGAGCGGGGCCUCCUUUCAGGGAGCCCUGCGGAGACAAUCCUCCGUCACCAGCCAGAGCCAGGACAUCCGCGUCGUGAAGGCGUUCCGUAGCUCUCUCUAUGAAGGUCUAGAAAAGCCUGAGUCUCGAACCUCCAUCCAUAAUUUCAUGGCUCAUCCUGAAUUCCGGGUCGAAGAUUCACAGCCCCACAUUCCCCUCAUCGACGACACCGACCUGGAAGAAGAUGCCGCGCUCAAGCAGAACUCGAGCCCGCCGUCCUCGCUCAACAAGAACAACAGCGCCAUCGACAGCGGGAUCAACCUGACGACUGACACAAGCAAAUCAGCUACCUCUUCAAGUCCAGGGAGCCCCAUCCACAGCCUGGAGACGUCGCUUUAGCUGAGGACCCCGCCACCACCCACCUCCCGGGCACCCACCCGUCCAGGCAGCCGACUCACCCAAGCAGCAACGAGCAACAGCAGGAAACCAAAUACCGGCGAGAAAACCGUUUCCACCCAACAGACCCUUUUUCUGGCUGCGAUGCUGUUUGAACUCUUUUUCACUUUGAGGCGAGGGCGGGCUCUCCUCCGGGGGCUUAAGGGAGUGAGCGGUUUCUCCCAGAACUAGCCCUUCCUGGCUCCCACCCGACAUGGACCAGCCAUGCACCCGCCCGGCGCCGUGUCCCCUGCAUGAAUGUACUGUACACUUCCGGUCCUCCCCUUGUUUGGUUUUCGGGGGGUUGGGG